AUGCCCAUCUUUUCUACUAGUAUUCUCAGCUCCUCCAACAAAAUGUAUCGCGCUUGGAUUAUCAUCUCUUUAAUCCUCUCGGUGUUUGCUAUUGCUGAUCCCGGAGGCGAGAGCUCCACAGGAGGCGAUGGCUUCAAAGGUGGCCUACGCCGUAUAUCAUCAAAAAUCGGGAACUCAGUCAUACACCCAAGAAGGGAGCUUCAUGUGUGUUCCAAAGUCGAGGCAACCACUCUAAAGCAAUGGGAUCGCACCAGAUGGCACAUUGUGGCCCAGUGUCCACAACGAGAUGUUGGCAAACUUCACAAACACAAACCCGGCGAAACUCAGCAGCAGGACGCUCCCAACCCUAAUGAAAACCCGGGCGUUGGGGUUUCAAGACUUCCCAUAGACAAGUGUCUCGGUUGGGACGAGCAGAAUGGACUGUUUACUUGGACGAAGAAUUGGAAAGGUGAAAGUCGAGAGCAGUGGUGUGAUCAGUUGUCAUAG